UCUCUCACUACAAAGGGAAGCAAUUUGAUGUCAUUGGCUUGGUCCAAUUUGUGCGUCUAAGACCCAAAAAGCUUUUUUGUUUGUUUAUUUCCUCUCUAAUUUGGCCUCCUCUUUUCAAAGUUCCAUAACUCUGCUGCUACUCCUAUGCAAAUUCUGGGCUUUCGAUUUCUCAAGUAAGCUAUCCAGUUUCAACAGUUCUCUAAUCUAUUCUUCAAAUUGAUAGCUACUUCUCUUCUUUUUUUUUUUCUUCUCUAUCUAUUCGACUAUUCGUCUCUGUUUUUCUUUUUAAUUUCGGGAUUCAAAGAAACACUUUCUGCUGAACGUGGAAUUUGAUUACUGGGUCAUACUCCUACUCAUUUGUUUCUCCUCACUUGACUAUUUGAACAGAGAAUUUCACAAUUCUAGAGAGAAAUAAGAGGGAGAUAAUUCUGGGGAUGGUGUUGGUUGGGGAAGGAGAUGGUCAAGGGUUUUAGGUGAGGAAAGGGAAAAAGAAAAACUGAAUGAGGCAGAAUUUCAAUAGCAGCUUAUGAAUUUUUUUUUCCCCUAGAAAUAAGCUUCAAAUGAAUACGAGUCAAAGAGAAGUUAAAGAAUUUUGAGAUGGAUGAAGAAAAAAAAGGUGGGCUCGCCGGUUGUACUCGGAAAGCGUUUUUUCGGUCGGCGUCUUGGACUGACCGGUCGCCGUCAAAGCCUCAUCAUAGUCGAAAUUUAGUGCCUAAUAGUAACAAAGCUCGAUCAUGUCUACCGCCGCUGCAGCCGCUUUCAAUUAGCCGCCGGAAUGUUGAGGAGUGGCCACGAGCAGGUUCUGAUGAUCUUGGCGUUUGGCCAAACCCAGAAACUCCGAGAGAAUUUGUUAAUAAGUCGUCUCAAAGUUCUGAACGUGAAAAACCUGCGAGGGAAUUUCAGUUUAAGAAGGAUAAACUUGCGUUUUUUGAUAAGGAAUGCUCGAAGAUUCUUGAUCAUGUGUAUUUAGGGAGUGAUUCCGUGGCUAAGAAUCGACAAGUUUUGAGGCAGAAUCGGAUUACUCAUGUGCUGAACUGUGUUGGGUUUGUCUGUCCUGAGUAUUUCAAGGGUGAAUUUGUGUACAAAACACUUUGGUUGCAAGAUAGUCCCUCUGAGGAUAUUACUAGUAUUCUCUAUAAUGUGUUUGAUUACUUUGAAGAUGUUCGUGAACAAGGCGGUCGGGUUUUCGUGCAUUGUUGCCAAGGGGUGUCUCGGUCGACUUCUCUUGUAAUUGCAUACCUCAUGUGGAAGGAAGGCCGGAGUUUUCACGACGCUUUUCAAUAUGUAAAAGCUGCUCGAGGGGUGGCUAAUCCAAACUUGGGUUUUGCUUGUCAGUUAUUGCAGUGCCAGAAGAGAGUUCAUGCAAUGCCUGCUAGCCCGAAUUCAAUUUCGAGGAUGUAUAGGAUGGCUCCACAUUCAUCAUAUGAUCCGCUUCAUCUAGUACCUAAGUUGUUGAACACUCCAACUGUUCAAGGACUUGAUUCUCGUGGGGCAUUCGUUGUGCACGUUCCUUCAGCAAUCUAUGUCUGGAAGGGGGAGAAGUGCGACUCUGUGAUGUUGAAUACGGCAAAGGCAGCAGCGUCGCAGGUUAUCCGAUAUGAGAAGGCAAAGGGCCCCAUCCUUAGCAUCAAGGAAGGUGAAGAACCGUUAGAGUUUUGGGAUGCUCUUGUGAGUGGCCAAAACUCAGCUGAUAGUUCUGGAGGAAAAGUUCAAAGAUUUGAUAGUUCGUAUACCACAGAAGAUCGCAUCUUGAAAAUAACAAGUGUGAAGGUGGGUGGAAGGAAGGUUGAGGAGUAUGAUCCAGAUUUUGAGAUCUUCCACAGGGCGAUUUCAGGUGGGGUCGUUCCACCUUUCGAUCGAUUCAAUACAGAAUCAGAGAAUUAUCUUCCGAGUAGAGAAAAUGGGUGGGACUCAACCAAAAGGAAGUUCAAAAAUGAAACUGCAAAAGAUAUUAUCACAUCUUUGUCAGAAUUGGAUUGUGACACUAGAGCACCAUUUGAUGAAAUGGAUGUGACAGCAAAUAUUGAUGAAGAUGCAGAAGUACCUGUUUCUUCAAUUGACCUUGCAUCUCCACCACUUUCGCCCACAGCCUAUUUGUGUGCACCUGAAUCUUUUGACCGUUUUCCAAAUAGUAGACUGGAUCGGAGAAUAGAAAAUUCUAACGAGGAAAGCUCGAUCCCAGACGAUUCUUUGUCGUUACCAAUUCAUCCUUUGGGGUCACCAGAUUCAUUUUCUUGUUUCCAAGGAGGUACUAGUCCAAAGGUUGGAACCAAAUCCCCUUCACUAUCUCCCUCUACAUCUGAUAAUUCUAGUUCUUUUACCUUUUCACCGUCAUCGUCUAAUUGGUCUGACUUAUCAUAUAUGUCUUCUCGGCAACCUUCACCAUCUGACAUGGACUCAUUGCAUCCGGCUGUUCAAAACUCUUCCAUCAUAGAUAAUUUUUGUUUACACCACAAAGAAACACAUCCUAUCUUUGUAGAGUCCUUUUCCUCUUAUCAUCCUACAUUAAAGCCAGAAAACACCAAUUUGACAUCAAGAGGAGCCUGCCCUUCAAUUGCAGAGCGUCGAGGGAGUCAUCCUCCACCUAGGAUGUUGCUGCCCUCCAUUGAAGAAGCCUGCAAGGUUCAGAGGAAGAUAGUUCGAUCAUCGUCAUUUUCUUUACCCGAUUUAGACGAUGAUCUGUUGGAGAUAUCUGGGUGCAGACUAUCCAAAGAUAAAAACAGUAGUAAAGUUAUGAAUUUGGAUAUUGACAGAUUUGGAGCUUGCACUGAAUUAGAAUGCGAUUUUGAGGAAGGAAAGCCUCGGGUAUUUUACCAGUGGCCUUCAAUGAGUAAAACGGCGAUCAAUCAACUUAGAGGUCUUAAUUCUAGAUCAGUGUAUAUGUUGUUCGAUCCAGAUCUAAAUUUGGAUUCAAACGGCGGUAACAAACUAUUUAUCUGGUUGGGGAGUGAAGUUUUGCAUGAAAAAGAUGACAGUCAACCGAUGAGUGACUACAGUGGUUGUCUCCACUGGGAGAUGAUCGGACAUAUAUUCAUCAACAAUAAGGGAAUUCCUAGAGAUACCCGAAUACAGAUAAUAAGAGAAGGGGAAGAGCCCGAGGAGUUCCUUGCAAUUCUAAACCGUUCUUUACCUCAAAAAACGGAAGAUGUUGAUCUAUGGUCUGUGAAAACCUGAUGGACUGUGGCGAUGGGUCUUCCAAAAGGUAAAACUGGCAUCCAGGGCAGAACUGAUGUGAUCUGCUUGUGAGAUGUAUAUAUAUACGUAGAGAAUCCAAUCCUCCAAAGAUCAUGUAUAGACAAUGACGCCAUCAAUAGUGUGAAUUUACCCAGUGAUCAAAUGAGUUCACCUGCUUUUGAAGAAA